AUGGCGGCCUUCCGGCAGCGGAAGGCGCAGCGCCUGGCGCGGGCGGACGGCAGCAGGAAGGGCGCCCUGGACGAGGGCGCCGCCGCCGUCGUGCGCCUCCUCAACGGGCGAGCCCAGUUCUGCACCACCAGCUCCUGCGCGGGCCGCCUGCUCCUGGCGCAGGGCAGCGCCGCGGAUACAAACGGCUGUGAGAUCCCGAAGCAAAACUGCACGUGGCUGAUGGUAACGCACGAAACGUGUAUCAAGGAUGAGGUGAUGACAGCACUAGAGAAAGCCACUGGCGACGUUGUGCUCAAGUUUGAACCAUUUGUUCUUCAUGUGCUGUGUCAAGAGCUGCAAGAUGCACAGCUUCUGCAUUCAGUGGCUAUCGAUUCUGGGUUCAGGAACUCUGGUAUUACGGUUGGCAGAGGAGGAAAAAUUAUGAUGGCUGUCCGGAGCACUCAUUGCUUAGAAGUUCCAUUGAGCCACAAGGGGAAAUUGAUGGUCUCUGAAGAAUAUAUUGAAUUUUUGAUACAUGUAGCUAAUCGGAAGAUGGAAGAAAACACAAAGAGGAUUGACAGGUUCUACAAACGCUUAGAGUUAGCUUUGAAACCUGUCGUCAGUGCAAACAACUCGCCUUCUGAGGAGACAGAGAAGAAUCGCUCUGUGUACAUUCACAGGAGAAAGAGAAAGACCAUUCAAGAACAAGGUGUACACGCCUCUCCAAAGGAUCACAAUGAAGAAUUGGAGCCUGCGGAAGAUACAGAAAGUGAUCUCGAUAUUUUUGCUGAAAUGAUGAUAUAGACUAAGGCAUUUGAAAGCAAAUGGCAAACUGAAUAAUAAUUGUAAUGCUCUUUGUAAGAGAGAGAAAUACUGCUCUGUUCUAAGUAGUAACACUCUCAUGGACAUUUACCAGAAAAAAAAGUAAUUAAACAGAAUUGUGGAGAGGUUUAAUGCCACAAAAGCACGGAGAACAAAACCUGAGAAUGUUUUGGGGUUUGUUUGUUGUUUUUUUUUUUUAACACCAUUGUUGAAUUAACAAUCUUUUACUGUGUCAGUUAUCACAGAAAUAACUGGUUUGCUACAGCCUUUGGCCACGUUCUCUAUGGAAGCAUUUCACUUCUAAAUGCUGGGUUUAGGCCUUCUGAUUUUUGCGGAGCAGAGAAACUCUAAAAACUGGGUUGUUAUCCUUGAAGGUUUUUAAUGCCUGUAGGACCUCUGCAAAACACUGUGCACCAAUGUAGACGGCCCUUUCAGAACAACACAAAGCCACGGAUUAGCUGGAGAAUGUGGCUAAUCCUAACCUGGUGUGGAGGUUAGGAUAGAAAAGUAGAAGUUACUGCUCUAUGCCAGCUUCAGCUGAGUGCAUCCGGGAUCCUUCCUGACUUGCACUGGACAGCAGAGUUGAUGCUUUUUUUUCCUGCACUUUACUGUGUUUCAGGCUCCAGCCCCACUGUGUUCAUGUGUUCUGCUUCCCUUGGCCAGCGGCCGUUAAGCGUUAUUUUUCUUUGCAUCUUUUAGCCAACUCUAUAUGCUGAUAGUUGGUUAGCUCACUUACAUGUGGCCAGCACCCAGCUUCAGUUCCAGCUGUUGGGUGGCAAGUCAACCACAGGGUACAGGAAGGGGCUUUCUUACCUGGCUGUGAACCACUGACAUACAAUAAAUGUUAAAUAUAGAACAGUGCAAUAAUUUGUGCAUUCCUGUAUUGUACCACUCGAAAAGCCACUCCGUACUUGUAUUUUUCAGAAAAAUGGUGAGUUUGUAAAUCUUGGCAGCAAUGAAUUCCGAGCCCUUCCUUUUAUGCCUGAGUGAUCACUAACACUGCAAAACAAGACCCCAACUGAAGGAAAUGGUUUAUUUGCUACAGUAACUCUGAGUUCAUAUAGGUCAUUGUUUCCAUUACAUAAGCCUAUGUCCUGGGGACACUGAAAUGCCACUGGAAAAAUUUGACAUACUAGGUGGCAGUUUGGGGAAAUGUAAUUGGGGGCUUCAAAUAGAUUCUGGAAGACCUGUUAGGCUGUGUUUUCAGUAGCAGGCAUGCCAAAACAAAUAAACUUGAGCCUUUUGUGUU